GUUUUGUUGUAAAAAGGAUGAAUUACGGUUUUCCACUGAAGGCUCCAUAUUACUUUUCAGUUGAAAAUACUAACAUACUCACAGUCUUAAAAUUUGGCUUACAGCUGAUAAGAAACUGCGAUGUUAAAUGGUCAGCAAAAUGUUCAUACAAACAGCAGAUUUCCGUCGAAUAUAGCCAAUCCAGAGUAUGAGGAAGUUCGUGUAGAAUAUAAUCCAACAGAAUACGAGGAGGUGAUUGCUGAACAUCAUCCAACAGAGUACAGGGGAGUGGUUGAAGAAUAUCAUUCAACAGAUUACGAGGAGGUGGUUGCCGAUUAUCAUCCAACAGAAAACGAGGAGGUGGUUGCUGAACAUCAUCCAUUAGAGUACGAGGAGUUGGUUGAGGAAUACCAUUCAACAGAUUACGAGGAGAUGGUUGUCGAACAUCAUUCAACAGUGUACGGGGAGAUGGUUGGGGAAUAUCAUUCAACAGAAAACGAGGAGGUGGUUGUAGAACAGCAUUCAACAGAGUAUGAGGAGUUGGUUGCAGAAUAUCAUUCAACAGUGUACGAGGAGGUGGUUGCCGAUUAUCAUGCAACAGAAAACGAGGAGGUGGAUGCAGACCAUUAUCCAACAGAGUACGAGGAUGUGGUUGCUGAACAUCAUCCAUUAGAGUACGAGGAGUUGGUUGUAGAAUAUCAUUCUACAGUGUACGAGGAGGUGGUUGCAGAAUAUCAUUCCACACAGUACGACGAAGCUCAUUCAGAACAACGGGCCGAUACUCCAAAUCCUGUCCACAUUGCACUAUCCAAUUUGCCACUUAGACAUCAAAGGAUUCAUAUCCCAUUGUGGCUGUUAAGUCUUAUCAUAAUUUGCUCUUUGAUUGCAAUAGUUCUAACAGGUGUUGUUACGUUCUUAGUCAGAAGGGGAACAUUACCAAAAACAAAAUGUCCAGAUGCAGAGGAAACAAAUUGUUAUUUGUCGUCAUGGAGCUCUUGGUAUAAGUGCAGUGUUACUUGUGGCAUCGGUGUACAAAUAAGAAUAAAGCAACAAAUGAACAAUACUAAUCUUUGUAGUAAAAAUGAAACAUUUGACAACAAAACUUGUUAUAGAGGCGAAUGUACAGGUGAAAGUGAUGCAUUCGACAUGAAAUUUAGCAGAACAGCUUUGCAUGCGAAUGUGUUUAUAUCAGCUGAUAAUACAAUUAUAAGUAAUGUCCCCACUAUCGACACCUCAAACAGUCCUGACGCACAGUUUCAGAAUUAUAGGGGAACUAUUGCAGAUAUUUGUGUAGGAGACAAGGAAUUAAUUUACUAUGAAGUAAACUAUACAUACACCAUUGUGAAACCAAUUACUGCAUAUGCUCUUGUAUUAGAGGUAGGUUUGGCUGAACGUUCCAAAGUUGACAGAUCUGUCUACGUCGGCAACGAAAACGUCAGUGGAUGGUCUUUUCAUCUUGCUACGGAUAGUACAGUAAAAAGCGUUAACUUGUAUUCAAGGAAAGCUGAUUAUCACAAAGUCUGGGAAUCAUUCAGUAAUGAUACAGUUGGUACAAAAGUUCAUGGAAGAUUUAAAUUGUUCAUAAACAGACGAAGAAAUCAUUUUGCGCUGAGGCACGAUGGGUCGAUAUUCCAUGUCUUCAAUAAUGUGACCUCAAGUGCUAAACUUUGUCCAGUUUUUGCAGUGUACGCUCCUAAUAGUGUUCAUGUCAAAUUACAGUUAAUGAACCCUCGUAACUUUACUUAUUAUCCGUGGUGAAAGAGUAAUUGUGUCUUACUUCAUAUUCAAUGAUGCAAAAUUCAACAUACAUGCAUUCCUGCUCCUUCUAAUCUUUUUUGUGUGUACUUUCUGUUAAGUAUUUUUUUGUAGCAUAUUUCUUUUUUGUCAAUGUUAUGAUUAUGCUAGUUGUUUUUUAAUAUUAUGGUUGUUGUGUCAUUGUCUCUCUAUUAGAAUCCUCAUACUAUAGUGUAUGAAUAUU